AUGGCCGGGAAUUUGAAGCAGUUACGUAGACUAUUGCGGGAAUUUAAAUUAAUUAGUGAUAGUUCUAGAAUUCCUGGUCAGUUUCAGGUUAUAGCAUUAUAUUGUUAUGCAGCUGAUUCAAAUUUUCUGAAAGCUUUAACUCCACCAUUAGAAGGAAAAGGGAAAGAAGUCAUUUAUUUGCAUGAUAUUUUACUUACAGAUGGCUCAGAGAAACUUAAGUGUUUCUUAGCUUUACCUCUCGGACAUUUUGUACAAAAAAAUGUGGUGAAAGUAGGGAGUUAUGUUGAGAUUCAUAAAGCAAAAAUGUGUUACCUGGAGGGUGAAUAUAAUGAUUCUCAUAUUGUUGAAUAUGUAUUGUUAGAAGCCAUAAAAGUAACCGAGUUUUCACCUGUUGCAUAUCCUGUUUUGGGUUCUUUAAGAUUUGUGGAAUCGACUAACUACCGUGAACGUGAAGCAAUACCUCUAGUAACUGGCAGAAAGUGUUACCUGAAUCCUUGGAUUCCUAUAGUGCCGGAUGGAAAUGAUUGGAUUAAUAAUGGUCUUCCAGAGUAUGAAGAAGAUGAUUCUACACAAAAUAUUUGUUUGUUGCAAGAUCUUGCUGAUGACUGGAUGAGGUUACCAAAGCCUUAUCCUCCAAUUUUUGUUCGGGUCAUGGCACGUGGUAUUUUGCAUCACUAUGGCUACAGUAGAAAUGAUGGAUCACAUCCUUUUAUGGCACGGUUGUCUGUGGGUGAUUCAUCUGGUUCAUGUCUUUGUGUUGUGUUUGGAAAAUUACUUGCUUCUCUUUACUAUGGGGCAGUUCCUGGAACUCUCUUUAUGAUACAGAGUUAUUCAAUAAAAAAGCCAGAAAAUCCGCAUUUUCCUAGAUUAAGAGGAGCUGCAGGAAAUAUGCCAGUUCUUGACAUGGAAAUAGUUCUUGGUGAUAAUAGCAGAGUACAAAUUGUUCCACCUGACAAUGAUUUGCUUCAUUUGCAAAUUAUCAACAUGCCUCUUAUUGAAUAUUCAUUCGGCAACAGAGCAUCUUUAACGUAUGCUGCCAACGAAACUACCAUUGACAUGGUUGGAUUAAUUACGUAUGUUAGUCUUUUUCACCGUUUUAUGUAUAAGUUUGGAAAACUGCAUGCACGUUGUUUUGUAGAGUUGAUUGACAGUUCUGAUCCAUUUCCUUUUGUUGCAAUUUUUUAUGACAAUGGACAAAGGUUUGACAUAAAAGAAAUUCACCCUGGACAAGUCUUAGUUGCAACUCAUAUGAAAAUUUGCCAUUUGCCUGAUGAACUUAUCUCAUCUCAUCAAAUUAGAACAUACUUAAAAUCUACUCACUUCACUGAGCUGUACAUAACUCAUAGCCAUAGCAGUCCAUACAUUCGCUAUCCAGCUGUUGCUGAUGUAGCAAAUAUUAUACGAGAACAUCAUGAUGAAAUUGAAUUUCUACAAAAUAAUAUGCUAAGAGCAGGUGGUGUUUCAAUGUUUCUAAGAAGCUAUAAAACUUUAGAAUCUUAUAAAGAAAGUUUUGGAAAUAGUUCAGCUGGGAAGAUGAUUCCUGGGGCUUAUUGGAAGUUAGCACUUGAAAGUUUAAUUUACAGGGAACGAAGAUGCGUCACUUUAGGAGGCUUUAUAGUUCAAGUAGAUUAUGUUGAUCUCCAAACUGUUGAUUCUCCUGAUCCUGUGUAUGGUUGGGCGUAUGCUUCAGACAUUUCAUCCAGAAGAACCCUAUUUGUAAAUAUUAAAGCAAUGUAUAAAUUAGGCUCAAUGUUACCUCUGAAUGCUGGUCAAAAUGAAAAACUAAUGUUUCCAUCCCAGUAUUCCUCGGAUAAUGAAGAAUAUUUUAAAGUCUACAGACAGUUUCCAGCUGUGGAUGCAGUUGAUUGGAAACCACCCACAGAAGUAGAAAUUCAGGAUAUUCCAAUAUUAUCUGAUGGUUAUUAUAUAGUGUCUAUAGCCAGUUUGCACUAUCAAGCAAUAUUACAGUGUUUAGUAAUACCUGAACCCAGUUCUAAGCCACAUCCCUCACUUAUUGAUGCAUUAAGUGGAAACUUACAAAUUUUGCCACUACAAAGUAUGGGCUCCUUUUUAAGUGAACCUCCACGUUAUACGUGGGAUGAAGUAAGAGAAAUUCGUAGAACAGCUUCAGAAGUGAGUGAAAGGACUUUUGUAUUUGCCAUUGAAUUACAUCGCACAAAAUCUGAUGUUGUGUCAGCUCAUCUGCAAAGAGCUUAUAUAUGUCCACCAGACCAAAUUAGUGCAGCUAUGGAUGCUGAUAGAGUUUUAUAG